AACCAAGGCAUGCAGAAGAGCAUCUCUGAACAACACGUUGAAACUUGAGGCGGAUGGGCUACAGCAGCAGAAGACCACACCGGGUGCCACUCCUGUCAGCUUGUUCCUAAUAAAGUGGAUGGUGAGUGUAUUUAUUAUAUUUAUCACAAUGCAAAUGUUAUUCUUCACUGUUGCUCCUAAUGGAUUCUGUUAGCUUCUCAUUGAGGGACAAAUAAAGUUCAUCAGCCUUCUUCAGAGAGUCUUCUUCACUCAUCUUUCAUUGUGUCCUCAUUCCUUACAGAUGUUUGGAUCAGAAUCUGAUUUAGAUGUUCAGCUCUCAGCAGGUUCAGGACCAGUGGAAGGUUUUAGGAGCCAACCAGGAGUAUUGAUUCUGCUUUCACUGUCACAACCUGUGUGCAGGUUGGUUGCGUUUGUGUCUCUGUCAUCUCUACUGCAGGGUGUGACUGGCAGGUGUGGCCCACAGCUGCAACUCGUUUGGACUAAUCAGGUGGAGCUGAAGGGGAGCAUAAAACCCAGAGGGAGAUGUCAGAUAGUUUUCUCUUGUAGUGUGGUAAUCAGGCCCGUUCUCUCUGCUCCUACGAGUAGUUUUGUGCUCCUAAGUUUUGUGCUCCCUGUUUCCAGAUGUCCAGUCCACGAGCCCUUCCAAAUUCCUUUGUUCCAGUGAAUGGCUGCCACCCCUCCUGGAGAAGCCCUCCUAUGAUCACUGCUGUUAGUCUCCCUGCUGCUCCUCAGAUCCUCCUCUGGAUAAACAGCCACUUGCCAUCCUCACACUCCAAGAACCAAGCAUUCUGCGGUGCCCGAGUUGAACCAGAGUUCGUGUUCUGGAAGCUCUGUUCCUUGGUGGAGACACACGUCACCGGUUGAAAAUCACGUUCGGGAACGAGAGCGGGCCCCGGACAGCGUGGCUGGAAUAGGGGAGCCCAAGAUGACCCGGUCCAGGCUGAAACAGGCUGUACAGCAGGGACAGCAUCUGAACUGGGGCCUAUCAGCUCUGAGCACAGUUAAGCCUCCUCAGUUUGUCGACAUCGAUCUUGAGGAUGGUGAGGACUCCUCUGAUGAAGAGUAUUGUCCUGAUGAAGAGGAGGAGGAGGAGGACACAGCUGAGGAGGACAUUCAUACUGGGCAACAAUCCCUCACAGACUGCAACCAAACAGAGGAUCCCAACAUCCCCCCCCCACAAGGCCUAGGGACACAAACCCAUCUAAGGACUGCAACCACCUAUACUUUGAAGAGGCCCAGGAGUUGCCCCCUUCCGGACACCUGUCGGAGCACACCCCUCGUAGGCUGACAGUCCUGCCUAUGGGGACGGAAAACGAUAAUUCACCACAACGAUCAGACAACACCCCAUCACCAGCACAGCGAUGUGGGCUUGGGAGCAGCGAAAGAACUGUAUCUGAGCUGGACAGACAAAGACACACAGCUGCAUCAGGUUAACUUCACAGAUAAACUGAUGUGAACCAAUUAGAUUUGCUUAGUCUCUUAGUUUAACACCCUCAGAUGAACUGUAGAACGCUUUAAACGUGCAAAGCUGAGUCUUCAGGUCCCACUGGAACAUUUUUAGGCUUUUUAAUGAAGUUGAACACGAAACCUUUAAAGCAGACAAACAUUACCCUGUUGUGUGAGCAGAGGUGAAACUAGGUGCUACUCAGGAUGUGACAUUUUUUAUUAUCGAUGCUCUACAGCUUUCAAGUCAUCUGCAACAAGCCUGUUCUCAGAUCUGAUUGGCUGGUAACAAAACCUUUCUCCAGCUCCUGAAUUGAAAAGUAGGUGGAUUUAGA